GACAGAAUGAUCAUCAUGAACCCCGAAUGUUGAAUCUGCGCAGCCUUGGACAGUAAUGAGCACCACUUUAUGUCGUACUAAGCGGGCUGGCCUCCGAAACAUCGAAUGGUAACACGCUCCAUCCUCAUCAGCAUCGAUACGACUCGUGCAACCUACGUUCUUCUGUGUAAUCGACCCUCGAGCACAAAGAAUUGUGCGCAUUGAAACGUCAGUCAUCAAUUUCCGCAUGAUCGAUUCGACGACCUCAAGAUGCCAUCGUUAGCAGACUUGUUGGCCAAGCGAGCUGGCCUGGUUGUAGCAUCCACUCGAGACGUAGCUUCAGAUGUUUCUGAAACUAUGUCCAAACUGGAGAAGCGCAUAAACAUACCGUACAACAGCAGCAGCCCACCUGGACUGAUCGAAGCAGAGACUGUUGAUCCCUGGAGCCAAUCCGGCAAAUAUGCGUUGGGAUGGGUUUAUUUCAGCAUUAUACUGUUGGUUUCGACCAUGGUCAUUUUUUGGUACCACUACUGGAACGACAAAAUCAGAGUGGCUUCACACAAGGAGAUUCAGGAAGAAUUUGCAAAGACAGCUUCUCCAGCGACAGAUUACGAACACUCCGCCCUCAGCACUGAUCGAUCUACAAAAAGGUUCUUCCCACAAGAGGCGCCACUUCCACAAGCAACAAAUGCGGGCCUCCAAUCUGCUCGGCUGCCAUGGGCAGUGAGGAAGAUCCUUGCUCUGUCUCGAUAUAUUUUCUAUCAUCCCAUACCGAAUGUGCGAAUACAUAGAAAGAUGAGACCGAUCGUCUUUCCCUCAAUAGGAGUCCUGGUCAUCGUUUUUGCAGCUCUGGCAUUCACAAUUCUAUAUUGCUUCGUACCGCAACCACUGUUCUGGCAAUCAAUUCAAUAUGGAUCUCCGCCACUAGCCAUUCGCUCUGGAAUGAUUGCCGUUGCAUUGAUGCCCUGGAUUAUAGCUCUCAGCUCAAAGGUCAAUUUUAUCUCCAUCUUGACCGGGAUCGGACACGAGCGACUGAACGUGUUGCAUCGAUGGCUUGCCUAUAUAUGCUUGAUCCUAAGCAUCAUACACACUGUUCCAUUCUACGUCACGCCUGUAUAUGACAAUGGAGGACUGCAAGUGUUUCAAAGAUUGUUAAAGAUGCAGCAGUCCGGAGUGUACAUUUAUGGCACUGGUAUUGCGGCAUUGGUGCCUUUGAUAUUCCUCUGCGUACAUUCUUCAACGCCGCUUCGACGAAUGUUCUAUGAGCUGUUCGUCAUGGUACAUGUGCCCGUCGCUAUCGUCUUCAUAGGCAUGCUAUUUUGGCAUUGCCACAACUACCUCACGUCCUGGCACUACCUCUGGUCUACGGUGGCCCUUUGGCUGGCGUCCUAUUGUGGCAGACUAUUCUACCUAAACUGGACACGCCCGAGCAGGGUAUCGUGGGGGAUAGGUGAGGAAGCUGCAGUGACUGUGCUCGAGGAGAAUGCUGUCAAGGUGACCAUUCCUACGCAGAUGAGGUGGAAGCCGGGACAGUAUGUUUAUCUGCGUAUGCCUGGCAUUUCGCUUGUGGAAAACCACCCUUUCACCAUUGCAUCUCUAUGCAGCGACGACUAUCCAUCAGAAUAUGGCGACCAGUACCGCGACAUGGUUCUAGUCUUCCGACCGUUCAGUGGAUUCACCAAGAAAGUCCUAAACAGCGCGCUCGAUCACGGACCGUGGUGGACAUAUCAUGCUUUCAUCGACGGUCCAUAUGGAGGUAUGCGACGUCAGCUGGACUCAUUCGAGCACGUUGUGUUGGUGGCCGGUGGCACUGGCAUAACUGCGAUCGUGUCCCACCUGCUGGACCUCAUCAAGCGCAUGAGAGACGGCAAAGCUGUCACCAAGACUGUGAAUCUUAUCUGGGCUUUGAAAAGGCCAGAGACGAUGGAAUGGUUCAAGGAAGAGCUUCGGAUCUGUCGCGAAUUCGCACCGCCUGAUACUGUCAGUUGCCAGUUUUAUAUCACUGCAGCCAAACGACAAGCACAUACGGGUAAGCUCGUGAGUGCACAAACGCCGAAUCGUCCUGUCAGCAUGGUACUGCAUGACAAAGUCAACGACGUCUUUCAGAACAUUGCGAGUAACCGCUUUUCGAUCAGCUCAAAUCGCCACUCGUUCAAUUCGUACAGGAAUUCGGCCAUGAUCAAAGAGGAAGCUGGCGGCGAUCCAGAGCGAGAGAAGCAGCUUCGCGAAGAGAACGAAGACCGAAUACGGCCUCUUCCGCAAGCUCAACUCAAGCCCAUGCGUAGUCCAUCCAAUGCUCACCUCACACCUCCAGGCGAGCUGCAGAGACGAACCGACAGUCGUUCUCCAGCACGAAGUUCGACAAACACAGACAUCGAGAGUUCCAAGGACCCUCCCCACAUGCCACCUCAUCCGACUCUGCAUGAAAAACGAAGAACUCGUUCCCUGUCCGUGGACAUAUCAUCUGCUCAAUCCGCGCAAGCAACUCAAAUGCAACAGUACACUGAAUCCAACGACAAAUCAAACUUCGACUUUGGAUUCCCUUCCACGCCGACCGAGUUUCAAAAGAACCUCAUGCGAUUCGCUUUCAUGCCAGCAGCAGUCAAAUCACGACGCAGCGGAUGGAGCGUGGAAUGGGGACGGCCUGAAAUUCCUUACAUGCUGAGGGAAAUGAGUCGAGAAUGGUCGGGCCGCAAAGCCUGUGUGUUUGUAUGUGGACCGCCGAGCAUGAGGUGCGAUGUCUCCAACUCGGUAGCCGAGAUGCAGAAAGGCAUUCUCUCCGGAACCAAAGAGCUGGACGAGAUCUACUUGCAUACAGAGAACUACGCGUUGUGA